AAUGUCAGGUAUCACUAUAUAUCUAUAAUAGAGGAAUCAUAAUAUUCUGAGCAUCCAGGUGGGUGGAUUGAAUGGUUUUGUCAAUUACCAUAAAAUUAAUAUCUGACUGAAGUGGAUUCCGAAUUCAUUCAAGAUCCAAAUAAUUAUGGCCACCUCAUUAAAUAAUUCAAUCUCUUUUAAUAAGCUUUAUAAAUGAUAUUAUCAUCAGAAUAACCAGAUACUUUAGAUCUAGAAAAUGAGAAGUAUUUUAUUUUAUCAUACCUAGAUUCCUUGAAUUAUAUACAGAAGCCAGUGAUAUAUACGGAUUACUUCAUUAAGCAUUUAUCUAAACCCCUAAAGGCUUAGCAAUAAUGAGAGAAAGAUUUUUGAAUGCCAGAUUUGGUCAUUGUCCAAGAGUCCUUUGUGAAAAAUAAAAUACCAUUCCUAUUGGUUUAAGUGAGAGCCUCAAAACUAGUAGAAUUAAAGUAUAUUGCCCAAGAUGUAAAGAAGCAUAUGCUCCACGUAAAAGUUAAGCUGACUUUGAUGGAGCAUAUUUUGGUCGCAGUUUCCCUAUGUUGCUUUUAUUGGUAUAGCUUAAUAGUUUAUCAUAAGACUUACCCUGAUAUACAUCCAAAAUUUACAAUUUAAUUAGGGACUGAAUUAUUUACUCCUUUCUAACCAACUCUUUAUGGAUUUAAAGUCAGAGAUGAAAUAUAAAUCUAAUAAUCUUCUCCAUAGUUACAAUCAUAAUAAUCAUAAUAGUAAUAGUAAUAAAUUAUUACUGAACAUACAAAUGGAAUUAUUGAAAAAGAAAAUCACCAUUAAUAAGAAAAAUAAAAUGCUGAACAAGAAUCAAAAUAAUCAAAAAAGAAAAAGAAAAAUAAAAAUAAAUGA